AUGCGUUAUUCACUAGUAAACCUACUAGUCUGUAUUUUUCUUCUUAAAGUUAGUAAGAGUGAAAAAAUUUCUUUCGAAAAUGUGACAGUUCAGUGGCGCCAUCAUGGCAAAAACAAAAUAGAAGAAAAGGUAGCAACUUCCGACACUCUUAGGAAAAUAAUCCCUGAUGAAGGAGAAGUGUCUGUGACUAUCCAUGGUAGCGUUCCCAUCUUGUACGAAAAAUCAGUUUUCGGUAUACCAAAUUUGCACAGUCUGGACCUCCACGACGUAGGUUUGGAAGAAAUCAAACCCGGUGCCUUUGGAAAUUUACCACUUUUCAAAGGGGUUAGUCUACGCGGAAAUAAUUUGACAGAAAUUAAAACUGGAACUUUUGUCGAUCUAAAUAUAGUUUAUUUAGAUUUGUCAUUGAACUCAAUCACCUUUCUACAACCAGGAGCCUUCAAAAAUUUCAACGCUGUUAUCGUGAUACUUAAUCAUAACAAACUCACUGAAAUUCCAAAUGGUCUUUUUGAAGAUGUUACUCUUGGAACGUUAAUUUUGGCUCAUAAUUAUCUUCAUACCAUCGCACCAAAAGCACUGUCGACAAUUGCGUUGAGCUUAUUGACUUUGUACGAUAAUAAAUUUGAAAAAAUCGAUCCGGAAAGUUUUGACAUGCAACAGUUAACAUCACUCUAUUUGGGUGCUAACUCAAUCAAACUUCUGCGACCUGGUGAUUUGAGGAACUUACCACAAUUGAAGGAACUAAAUCUUGUGGAAAACGAGUUGAAAGAAGUUCUAGAAGGUGUUUUCAACAAUAUGAAACUCAGUCGUUUGGAACUAGCCUCAAACAAGAUUGCCAAAAUUGCGAGUAAUGCUUUUGACAACAUGCCAGAGCUCCAUCUGUUGAACAUUAACUCCAAUAGUGUAACUCAAUGGGAUAAUAAUUGGCUGAGUGGGGCAAAAUCAGUUGAUCAAAUUUUUGUCAAUGAUAAUUUGAUAAUUGAGAUUCCAGACCAAGCGUUCAAGAAUUAUCCUCGUGUGAGAGGUAUUCGUCUUCAGAGGAAUAAAAUUAGGAAGAUUUCAGCUAAAGCAUUUGAUAAGUUAGAAUAUGUUGGUUAUUUAGAUUUGUCCUUUAAUGAGAUUGAUAAUUGGAGUCCAGAUUUGUUGGGUAAUGUUAGUAUUGGGACUUUGGAUCUCACUGGAAAUAAGUUAGAGUGUGUUGAAGGAAAUUUGAAGACAAUUUUCAGAAAUGUUAAAUAUCCAAAAUUGCUAGAUAAUCCUUGGAAUGAAGAGUGUGUUAAGAAGAUUGAAGAUUUUGUAGAUAAUUAG